AUGAUCGAGGAAGGCAGCAAACGAGGCAAGGCCAUGGUGGAGAAGAGGCAGCUCUUCAUGGAAAUGAGAGCUCAAAACUUCGACGUAAUCAGACUGUCGACGUACAGGACUGCCUGCAAACUCCGGUUUGUGCAGAAGCGAUGCAACCUUCAUCUUGUGGAUGUCUGGAACAUGAUCGAAGCCUUUCGUGACAACGGGCUCAACACGCUGGACCACAACGCUGAGAUCAAUGUGUCGCGGCUGGAGACUAUCCUGUCUUCCAUCUACUACCAGCUCAACAAGCGGCUGCCCACCACCCACCAGAUCAAUGUGGAGCAGUCCAUCGGGCUGCUGCUCAACUUCAUGGUGGCCACCUACGACAGUGAAAGCCACGGGAAGCUGACGGUUUUCUCAAUGAAGGCCAUGCUGGCGACGAUGUGUGGAGGGAAGAUUGUGGACAAACUACGCUAUAUUUUCUCACAGAUCUCUGACUCAAGUGGAGUCAUGAUGUUUGCAAAGUUCGAUCAGUUCCUCCGGGAGGUGCUGAAGCUCCCCACAGCCGUGUUCGAGGGGCCUUCUUUUGGCUACACGGAGCAUUCGGUGCGGACGUGCUUCCCUCAGCAGAAGAAGAUCAUGUUGAACACGUUCUUGGAUGUGUUGAUGGCAGAUCCUCCCCCUCAAUGCCUCGUGUGGCUGCCGCUCAUGCACCGACUUGCUAAUGUUGAAAAUGUCUUCCAUCCGGUGGAAUGUUCAUAUUGCCGGAGUGAGAGCAUGAUGGGUUUCCGGUAUCGGUGCCAGCAGUGCCAUGGCUACCAGCUCUGUCAGAGCUGCUUCUGGCGUGGCCAUGCCAAUGGUCCCCAUAGCAACCAGCACCAGAUGAAGGAGCACUCGUCCUGGAAGUCUCCGGCCAAAAAGCUGAGCCACGCCAUCAGUAAAUCUCUAGGCUGCGUCCCCAUCGGAGAGCCGCCGCAUCCCGUGUUCCCCGAGCAGGCUGAGAGACCACAGGAGCUCACCCACACUGUUCAGCCGAAACCAGUGGCCAACAACAUGAACGACACAAUGCUCAUGUCCUCUGGGGCACCUACUCCUACCAAAAGUGUCUUGGAGAGUCCCAGCCGGCUAGAUGAAGAGCACCGCCUCAUCGCUCGCUACGCUGCCCGCCUGGCAGCCGAGGCGGGCAACUCCACACAACAGUGUCCUCCAUCAGAUCUGAGUUUCAACUUCGAUGCCAAUAAACAACAGAGGCAGCUGAUUGCAGAGCUGGAGAACAAAAACAGGGAGAUCCUCCAGGAGAUCCAGCGGCUGCGUUUGGAGCACGAGCAGGCCUCUCAGCCGACCCCAGAAAAAGCCCAGCAGAACCCCACACUUCUGACGGAACUACGGCUCCUCAGGCACAGGAAGGACGAGCUGGAGAGGCGCAUGUCAGCCCUGCAGGAGAGCAGACGGGAGCUGAUGGUGCAGCUGGAGGGACUCAUGAGGCUGCUAAAGGAUGAGGAGCAGAAGCAGGCUUCCCAGUCUGGAGGCUCCCCUCAUUCUUCCCCCAGCCACGGGGCGGGCUGUUCCAUGCCCAUGCCCAUACGCUCCACCUCGGCUGGCUCCACCCCGACUCACACACCGCAGGACUGCCUGGCAGGGGUGGGAGGGGACGUGCUUGAGGCUUUUGCUCAGGGUGUACCUAGAAAUCUUCGGAAUGAUCUAUUAGUUGCUGCUGACUCGAUCACAAACACGAUGUCAUCACUUGUGAAAGAGCUCCACUCAGUGGAUGAUGGAGGAGAUGAGGAGGAGACCAACAUGAGGAACGGUGGGGACAGAGGCACAGUGAGAGUACCGAAGCACUGAGGAAGAGACAACACCAUUUCACCCUCUAAGGAC